UCAUAAGCCCAUAGCGCAUAGCCCAUCACAAAUCCUUAUUUUACGAUUGGGCCUGCCACGCAUUCUUUCCCUCUCCGUCUCUCUCUUUCUCUCCCCCUUCUCCUAGCCCCACACGACGAACAUCGAAACAGUAGCACAAGCACGGCGAGUCUUCAGAAUCGUUUGGACUUCAACGUAAUCGCCAGGCUUUCGAGCGUCGGUGGAUCGAAUGUUGGCUAUUUCUUUUGAAGGUUUUGGAAGAAGGAAGGAUAGGGAUGCUCUUUUGAAAUUUGGGAUAUUUGCAGUGCUGUGGGGUUUAUGGUUGGAGCGCAGUGCAUGGAUUUUUUGAGGAAAAAAUAUUGAAUAAGCAGCUGGUUUGGGAAAAGAUUCAUUACCUGGCCUCUUUAUGACUGAGCCCAUGGCAGGGGCAGGGAGUUCCAUGUUAUGCUCUUUUCUUUUAUUUACUGCCAUCCUUUCUCUUCAAGAAAUGUACCGGGGGAAGUUAGCAUCUUCAGAGCUAUUUACCAUACUUGGAGGGUUCAUCAGUUCCCUAUUAUUUCUCGUGCUGUUGACAUUCAUUGGAAAUUUCCAGGAAACGUGUGGAAUGAAGACUGGGUGGGGUGCUGUCAUAUUAGCGGAAGCAGUUGCCCUCAUUGCUGCUAGCACCGUCCAUCGAGUUUGUAUCACAACCUGUUUCUUGUUCUCAGCUGGAUUACUGUACGAGGUUAAUAAGCUUUCUGGGAUGAUGCUUUCCAAAAGUGAAUCUAAAUCGAAGAGGCACUAAAUGGAGUGCUAUACUUUCAUUCAUGAUAUCUGUACUGGAUAGAAGUUUUUGUUACAUUUUCCCUCUUAAUUAUCGCGUCUAAUCUGUAUGACACAAUGGUCAACAAUGUGAUCAAGGGAGGCGAAUAUGGGUAUUUUCGUCACAGGGAAGGCAAAAUCUUUCCAAGGUUAUGUUUUAGGAUGAACCAUGAAACUUCCUCCCCUCACACUUGGGAGAGGGAAUAGAGAUUUUGUGUAGGAUACAAAAUAUUUGUUGUGAGAAUGGGCCCCUGCGUUCGCAUGACUUAACUAGAUUGCCAAGUGCUUUUAAUUUUCAGAUGUAUGUGAUGCUUGCACUGCUUGGGAACAUUAUUAGUAGCUUGAACUUGAAACUUGUAGAUUUGGGUCGAACUUGAUACAAAGUUGUGCUGAGUUUUGUACACAAA